GCUGUCUAAAAGUGGGGGGGAAAUGGCGAAUGCCUGUAUGCUGUGUGUGUUAUGCAGUUCAUAUCCUCAAGCGUUUCGUUGCAGUUGUAGCUAUGGCGUGUUUAAGUUCGAGUAGGCUCUGUGCUCGUGUUCAAGAUAAGUUAUUGUGUCAAUUCGGACAUAAAGUUCGAAAGCAAACUGUAUUUGUGAAACUCAAACCUCCUGGACCAUCUCCAUUGCGAAUAUUUGGAAAGACAUGUCAGAGAGUCACAACAUGCGGGCCCGCGUGCGGGUCGGGCGGGCUCAACUCCGCCGCCACUAGCGGCGUGGUGCGCCGCCUCGCCUCCAGCCUCCAGAGCACAAGCACGGGCUCGCUACCAGACUACGGCACACAGAUCGUCGACCCCUACCGCUUACUGGAAGACGACCUCAACGGAAUAUAUGAAGACAUCAGAUCCGAGCUGGAACGUAACACCAACCAGCCCGAACUGAACACCAUAGCCACAUACUACUUCGAUGGGCAGGGCAAGGCGCUCAGGCCCAUGGUCGCGAUACUCAUGGCGAGAGCCGUCAACUACCACGUCUAUGGAGAAAACAGUGCAUUGCUGCCGUCUCAGCGACAAGUGGCCAUGAUCAGCGAGAUGAUCCACUCGGCGUCGCUCAUACACGAUGACGUCAUCGACCAGAGUGAUUUCCGCCGCGGGAAACCCUCCGUCAACGUGCUCUGGAAUCACAAGAAGGUGGCGAUGGCCGGCGACUUCAUCCUCGCCGUGGCGUCGAUGAUGAUAGCUCGCUUGCGCAGCGAUGACGUCACACUCGUGCUCAGCCAGGUGGUAACAGACCUCGUGCAGGGCGAGUUUAUGCAGUUGGGCAGCAAGGAGACAGAAAACGAACGGUUCGCACAUUACCUCACCAAGACGUACAGAAAGACUGCAUCACUCAUUGCCAACUCAGUCAAAGCGGUGGCACUGUUAAGCGGGGCGGACGAAAGCACGUGCGAGCUAGCCUUCCAAUACGGACGAAACCUUGGAUUAUCGUUCCAAUUGGUGGACGACUUGUUAGACUUCGUGUCUUCAGCGCAGGCCAUGGGCAAGCCCACAGCCGCCGACCUCAAACUCGGAUUGGCCACAGCCCCCGUGCUAUUUGCCUGCGAAAAGUAUCCAGAACUGAACCCCAUGAUAAUGAGGCGGUUCCAAGAGCCGGGCGACGUGGAGAAGGCGUACGAGCUGGUGCACAAGUCGCGCGGGCUGGAGCAGACGCGCUUCCUGGCGCGCAAGCACGGCGCCCAGGCCGCGCGCCUCGCCGCCGACCUCGCCGACUCGCCCUACCGCCAGGCGCUCGCCACCACCACCGACCUCGUGCUCAACAGGAUCAAAUAGUGCUCUACCCGCUCCCGUGAAAGGCAUCCACAGUUCUACCCCAAAACAAUCCUCUAACCGCAUUACGUCACAAAAACUUCGCGAGUCGUCCACUGCCUGCGCAUUAGACUAUUUUGUUUCUAAAUAUUCUACUGCGCAGGCAGAGCUAACUUCGGGUUCGUCUAUUUUUCAGACGUAAUGUAGUUUUUCGUUCACGUUCGACGUGAUCGUAAGAGUACUUAGACGAGUUUACUUUCCAUGUCGAGCGCCACCUUUAAUGGCACUUAAAGGUGAACGCGCGAGACCACAGAAUUCUGGAUACCUUUUAGCAAAGGAUAUAGAGGCGAUGGACAUUUUAUUUUUAGUAGUGUAUGUGUGUUCGUGUGCCGCGGCCCGGUCGUGGCGCGGCCGACGCGAGUGAACCUUUGUGUAUAUGAGAGUGAAUUGAGCCGACAUGGCGACAUAUAUCGUAGAUAUUUUACGUCAAGCUAUACCAUGUGCCCUGAUAAAUUAAACAUAAUAAAUUCUACAAUAUACUAUAUAAACACUAUGUAGAUUUUUGUUAUAUUAUUGUAAUCAGUAGAACUGAUUGUCAAGUAAUUAUAUUUUACAUAAUGUUAAAGUAUAUAUAUUUUAUUGGUAUAUUUAUGUUAUAUAAAUAUUUUACUUUGUGUCCUUCACUUGUGUGACCUGAUUUAUUUUAAGAUAAUUUUCUGUGUUUUGUGACAGCAUGAAGUAUCUAUGAGUAGCGGCUAUCGCUUGCAGAGUGCGUGACGACUCGUUACCAAAUACUGUUGUAUAAUAUGCUCAACUGUUGUUUGUAUCGUGCAAUUUUAUGUAGGUGUAGAGAUAGAAAGUACCUGUGUUUAUGCACAAACAUGCUAUCGACGAUCAUCACUAAAUUGCUUACACUUUUUGAUUUCUCGAGUUGGUGUUCGUUUUGUUUCUUACUGUAUGUAUUUUAUGAUGUGUAAAUACUGAGAGUCAUUGGAUAAGUUACCCGUGUUUUAUCUUCAAAACCAAUUACCUCAAUUCUUUAGAAUACACGUUACAUACUAGAGGUGUAUGUUAUAUUCUGACCUAGUAUUAAAUUGUAAGUAUUUUACGAGGCACUACACAUUGAGGCAGAAUGUUAACAUCUGUUAGUCUAUUAGUACAUGUUACAAUUGUAAAUAAUACUAACAACUAUAUAUAUUCAAUGUAACGGAGGUUUAUAUAGGCAAAUGAAUUAUCAGAGUACCGCAAAAAUGCACCAUAAGCGCAGUAUUCUUAAAACUUUUUCUUGAAAUUUAUUGAUAUUUAACAAAAUAUUAGUCAUUAAUAAGGUAAUUUAGUGUAAGGCCGACACAACGACUGACGUAAGAUAAAUGAACUGGUGUUUCCGACAAAGAACACUCGACACACGACGGUUCAGAAAUUAGUAUUUUUUUGUCGGAACUUCAUUUCGGAACACAGAAUAAUGAUGAAUUCAUGUCGAUCUCUGUAAAUGGAGCAUAAUACGUAAUUAUAUGAAUAUUAGUAAAUGUACCAAAUUACUAAAAUGUGUGUGAAAACUCAUUUAGCAAAAGGUUCACCUCAAUACGUUUGUCGGGGAAAUGCUUCCAUGAGAGCGCAGAGAUGCAGACGAUUCACUUGACUGUGUUCCUUGUGUGAACGCACCUAAUUUCAUACCUCGGUCGAUGUGUCAGCCUGUCCCUGAUGGAAAAGAAGGUGUAUGUUUUUUUGUACAUUAAAAAUGUUAAAAAAUGGGAGUCAAUGAAGUUUAUUUAUGUGUAUGUAGACAUACUUUCAUAGGACAUACGUUUGUAAAUAUUAUUAUUCUGUAAAAUGGUAAAUCAUGAAUAAUUUUUAAUAUAAACAUUAGUUACAAAA